UCCACUGCCUCUCCUCUCUCGCUCUACCUUAGCUCUACAACGUCGCGCCGGUCGCUUCGUCUCUCUCGCUCUACUCUCUCAGACACACCUCUUACAUCUCCUUCCACCAACCACGCGCCAGCAUGAAGUUCACUGCCGCCACCUUCGCCGCGCUCGUAAGCGUCGCCACGCUCGCCGCGGCACAGGACGCCAACGAGGCGCGCGAUGCCAACGAGGAGGUCGCCGCCCGCGACCCGCUCAUGUACCAGUACGUCGGCACCGGCCGCAACGACCGCCGCCGCGAUGCUGGCGAGCACGUCGACGCACGCGACCCCCACGCCAUCAUGCCGUUCAGCUACAUCCAGAACAAGCUCACGGGCGAGCGACGCGACGUCGCCGACGAGAACCUCAACGCGCGCACCGGCGGCUACCACUCGCCUUCGUUCAACUACGGCGCCAUGGGCGCUCGCGACGUGGACGAGAAGCUCGACGCGCGCACCGGCGGCUACCACUCGCCUUCGUUCAACUACGGUGCCAUGGGCGCGCGUGAAUUGCCGCACCUGAGCGCCCGGGGCGUCGACGAGCUGGAGGCUCGCGAGCCGGGCAAGUUCCGCAUGCUUGGCCACAUGCUUACUGGCGCGUCGCUCUUUGCAGGUCGUGACGAGGGUGAGCAUUCGGAUCGUGAGCUCAAGGAUCUGGCGGCUCGGGACCCGUCGAAGUGGAGCAUGCUGGGCCAUGCGCUCACUGGCGCGUCGCUCUUUGCGGGCCGUGACGCUACUGAGCUUUCGGCCCGCGAGAUCGAGGAGCUGGCGGCUCGGGACCCAAGCAAGUGGCGCAUGCUCGGCCACAUGCUCACCGGCGCAUCGUUCUUCGCGGGACGCGACAACGGUGAGAUCUCGCCAGGAUCCUCAAGCGCGGCCGCUGUCGAUGGAGGGGCUGCUCUGGGAUCUGCUUCGCCUCCAGGCAUCGGACUGUGCGUCUUCUGCAGGACAAUCGCUGAUGCUCUUCAUCUGCAGGUGAUGCUGAGGAGCUCGCCGCUCGCGACCCGCGUCACCGUGGCGCUUGGCGCGACGCUCUGACGGGCGCCUCGUACACGGCGCAGCGCGACGUCGUCGAGGCUCGCGACCCGCG